AUGGAUUAUCUGUGUUUCCGUGCGCUGUGCUGUAAAGGACCUCCACCCCCGCGACCCGAGUAUGACGUGGUCUGCAUCGGUCUGACUGGAGCCGGCAAGACCAGCCUGCUCUCCCGCCUCUGCAGCGAGAGCAGCGAUGGCCUCGGCCCCACCACAGGUUUCAGCAUCAAAGCCGUGCCAUUCCCCAACGCUAUUCUGAACGUGAAAGAACUGGGAGGUGCCGAGAACAUCAAGAAGUACUGGAGCCGUUACUACCAGGGCUCUCAGGGCGUGGUCUUCGUCCUCAACAGCGCUUCGUCCGACGAGGAGUUGGAGGCAGCGAGGAACGAGCUCCACUCCGCCCUCCAGCACCCGCAGCUCUGCACACUGCCCUUCCUCAUCCUGGCCAACCACCAGGACAAGCCAGCAGCACGGACGCUCGCACAGGUACCACCGCUGCUCUCAAUAAUGGGAGCCGUACCUUCUGCUGACCUGCUCCACUGCUGCGGUUUAAGAGCUUCUCCGCCAUGUGCCAGCGCCAUUGCAUCGGUGUCAUUAACGGUGGACUUUUCUCCCGUGUUUGCAAACACCGCUGACACGUGA